AUGAGCUUCUUUUCCAGCUGGCUGACGCACAGCCAUGAGAAAUGUCGAUUGACUGCUGUCUCCCAGGGCGUGGACGUUGCAUGCGGUGGCCUCGAUGCCUUUGCCUAUACGACUGGCUUUACCGUAGGGACGAAGGUGCAGUGCAGGGCAAGCAGCGCACGCGGUGGAAAGAUCGAGGGGAAGGGGGGGAGGAAGGUAGACGUCUGCGGAUGGAGGCUUGGUUUUCUGGCGCAGUCGAGGAACACGCAGUACAAAGCUGCCGUAUACUGCAGCAACAAGGACUCAAGCGCAUGCGAGGGGUUGACUGAGCUCAAUAGCCAACUGGAAAAAGACAGGCCUGCUGCAGUGAUGAUAGAAGGCAUCUCGUGUCAUCCGAAAGGGACGGCAUUUGCGCUGCUCUUCUCCGAUGGAACGGUUCUUGCCUUCGGAGACCCCCUCCAAGGGGGCAAAAUGACGGACGAAGCUGAGAACGGCCUAAGCCAUUUCGACGUCACCCGCAGACAGCGCGUGAAGAAAAUUUUGGCAACCACGGGGGCCUUUACCGUUCUCCUCCAAAACGGAUCAAUGUACUCCUGGGGAGACACUACCGUUGGCGGUCAGCUGCCCAGUCCCAAGCCCACCGACAUCAUGUCAAUUGUUGCGGCAGACGUGGGGUUUGCCGCGAUGACAGGUGCAGGGGAUUUGUAUACUUGGGGCAAGAACCUGUCCAUCCCCUCACGCGUUGGCAGCGAGGGAUUCAAGGCGGAGUCGAUUUGGGCUGAGAGGAGCUGUUUUGCAGCCAUUUCCAGCACAGGCGAGCUGGCGGUGUGGGGAUCUAGCGCUAGUACACUUCCUGUUUGCACCGAGGGCUUUUCCGGCUCGAACAGCGUGUCCUUCAAGGCGGUGAAGCCGCAGCUGACAACGGGUGUCAAAAUGGUUCGUUUCAAUGAGAGAGCGGCUGUGGCGGCGAGGCAGCGCGGAGAGACUGAGGAUUCCCCAGGCCUGUGGGAGCUGGUGGCUUGGGGAGACCUCGAAGCAGGGGCGACCCUGCCUAAAGGUAUUGCUUCUGCUGUCAGAAACGGCGUCAAAAGUCUGCACGCCACCUCAGGGGCUUUUCUUGUCGUCAACACAGACAAUAUGGUCGAAGUUUGGGGAGAUUCCGCUUCAGGAGGCGGCGAUUUUCCCGCUGAACUCACACACGAACGUCCCGUAGCCUCGAUAGCUGAGCUCAACCGUGCGUUCGUGCUCAUCUACCUCUCCGGGGAGGUCCUUGUCUACGGCCAUGCGGGGCCCACGAUGUACUCGGGAGUUGACAAGGCGUCUCUAACCGGGGGCAAGGUUGUGGAGCUGACAGACGGACUCUCCAUUGUGCGCGGCAUUGGUGGCGGAGACAUUUUCGUGGGAGCCAUCGGAACUCCUUGUGUUCCCAGCAUCUGGGCGUCUUGGGGGUUGUGUAACGGGAAUUGUCUUGGAAGCCGCACACGCGAACGGAGCGUUGUAUAUGAGGCUAAGAAUGGCGGAUCUUGCUCGAUCCCGAGUGUGGGAAUCGAGACUUGCAUAGGGGCGGGAGCGGCUCUCGAGUCAUGCAAGAGUGAGCUGCUCUCUUGGGAUGCAGAGCCGAGCUGGCGUAAUCCAGCUUUUGCGCCUGUGUCUUGA